AUGGCCAAUCGACCACCUUUGCUUAUGCAGAUUUGGCCCGGCUCGUUAUUGUCUCGUCGGGCAUGUUUGCCCAAAAUUCUUCCCGUCACCGCCUUUAACCCACCUGCUCAUCCUCGGCGGAGUGCUGCGUCGCUCAAUGGUGACUUGAUCGUCUCUGUCUUAGAGUCUGCAAACAAAAGGGAUGCGAGAAGCUACUUUCAGAAGUAUGUUGGCCACCGAAAUGCGUCUUUCGAGACUCCUGGCCCGCAGAUCGAUCUCCCACGAACAAUUAGGGACCGACCCCUCUUCAUCCAAGGGGCAAAUAAUGUCGAGGCUAAUUAUAACCCUGGACCUGGGCUUCAUGUUGCCAUAGUCAAGAUAUGUCAUCCCCAAACAGUGGAUGAUUUAACGAUGGAAGGUGUUGCGAGGACACUUUCUCAGCUCCGGACUCUUGGUCUCCUGAGCAUCAUCAUCCUGGAUUGCGGACAACAAUCUACGCUCGACCUAGGCACCGAACAAGCAAACCGCCUAGCGAUCUUGCUUGGAAAAUUCGAUAAACACAACGCGAUUGUGCUGGAAAACAACCUCAUAUUCGAUACUCAAUCAACAUUGCUCUGGGAAAUUCUCAACGCAGGGCGAAUUCCCGUCAUCCAUGAAUAUCUUUCGUCCUAUGUCACCGGGCGGAUUGAGAAGUUGGAGUCGGAAAGCAUGGUCGUCGCGCUCGUCAAGCUGCUCGACCGUUUAACGCCUUCGGAACCGCCCGUCAAAUGCCAGAAAAUUGAGGUUGGACUCCCCUCUGUCCCUCUGGCCUGUAUCGAGUCGAUAAUCGUGCUUGACCCAGUUGGUGGGAUACCCAUGAAGGGCGAAACAUCUAUGCCUCAUCGUUUUGUCAAUUUGCGGCAAGAAUAUGAUACAAUUAUGCUCACUGAUGAGCGUGUCGACCUUUCUAAAUUAACCUACCUGAUUGAAGAUUCCUUCAAUCGUAAACUGGACGUUGAUGACUAUCUGAGGCGAGUUAAUGACAAGAUUGCGGGCUUGAUUAUCGCGGGUGAUUAUGAAGGUGUUGCAAUUCUCACCUGGGAAAAGCCCCGGGACCUGUCUCAGGAGGAGGCGUACAAACAGCACCGGUUGAUUCCGUAUCUUGAUAAGUUUGCGGUUCUGAAAAGUCGGCAGGGAAGUGGUGGAGUGGCAGACAUUGUCUUCAACGCCAUGGUCCAGGACUAUUUUGGCCACGGCGUCUGUUGGCGGAGCAGGGCUGAUAACCCAGUGAAUAAAUGGUAUUUUGAAAGGUCAGUGGGCGGCACCAAGAGGCUUCACGGCUCCUCCGACUCGCACGAUCACGCUACGGGCCUCGAGGAUGCCUUGGCGGUGUAA